AUGGAAAGGAGGAUAAAGUUAAAAACACUAAAUAGUCACAUUACUUGUAAAAUUUGUCGCGGUUACUUCAUCGACGCGACUACGGUCACUGAGUGUCUUCAUACGUUCUGCAAAAGCUGUCUAGUGAAACAUCUAGAAGAGAACAAUACUUGUCCAACAUGCAACAUUGUGAUACACCAAUCGCAUCCGCUGCAGUACAUCAGCUUCGACCGGACCAUGCAGGACAUUGUCUAUAAAUUAGUUCCAGACUUACAGGACAAUGAAGCAAAGAGGGAAAGAGACUUUUAUAGAGCCCGCAACCUGCCAUGUCCCAAAGAUGCUGCACUCGCAGCUGACAAACCAGGGUCUGAUGAACCUGAGCAACCAGAUAAUACUGAUUGUCAUAGGAAAGAUGAACAGGUGAAUGUUUGCCUGGAGUGCAUAUCAACGUCACUGCGGACGCUAAAGCGCAGCUUUAUCCGAUGUUCAGCACAGGCAACUAUUACACACCUAAAGAAAUUUAUAGCUAAGAAAGUUUUAAGUGGAAUGGAGAAAUAUAGAGAAAUUGAUAUACUUUGUAACGAUGAAUUACUAGGCAAAGAUCACACGUUAAAGUUCGUGUACGUAACGCGUUGGCGGUUCCGCGACCCGCCGCUCCGACUGCAGUAUAGACCUAAGAUCGAUUUGUAG